AUGACCUCUCUUCUGCGGCAGAUUGUCGCGAGCCCGCGGGUUAGGCAUGCAGAUACAGGCCUGGAUCUAUGCUACGUCACUCAAAAUAUAAUCGUCACCUCCGGUCCCUCACAAUCCUAUCCCAAGCGCGCCUACCGCACGCCGCUUGAUACGCUCGUCUCAUUCCUCGAUGAGCGCCACGGCAAGAACUGGGCAAUAUGGGAGUUCCGCGCCGAGGGGACGGGAUACCCGGACGAGGCGGUCUACGGGCGCAUUCUCCACUACCCGUGGCCGGAUCACCACCCUCCACCGUUCAGACUCGUUCCUCUCAUCAUGGCUAGUAUGAGGAAUUGGCUUCACGGCGGCGAGUUGAAGAGAGGGGCUGUAGGCGGGGUGAGCGAUCUCACCGCAGCGUCCAGGGUAGGGACUAGAGAUGACGAGGGGAAGAAUAACAGAGUGGUGGUCGUGCACUGCAAAGCGGGAAAGGGGCGAAGCGGGAUGGUGACGUGCAGUUACUUGAUCGCGGAGUGUGAAUGGAAGCCAUCCGACGCGCUGGCACGGUUCACACAGAGGAGGAUGAGGCCUGGGUUCGGGGAGGGGGUCUCCAUUCCGAGCCAGAGGCGGUGGAUAACGUACGUCGAACGGUGGACGAAACAUGGGAAGAGAUAUGUUGAUCGGGAGGUGGAGAUUGUGGAGAUCCAUGUGUGGGGGUUGAGAGAUGCGGUUCGCAUUUUCGUUGAGGGGUAUAUAGAUGAGGGCAAGAAGAUCAAGACGUUUCAUGUGUUUGGGGGAGAGGAGAAGAUCGUUGUCGACGGUCCGGGGAUGUCGACGGGGAGCAGCGUUGACGGAGAAUCGGGGAGUUCUGCGGUCGAGUCGGAGGGCGAUGCGAGCGCUUCCGAAUCCGUGGGCAGCAGCACCAAGUCGAAGACGAAGAAGAAGGCCAAGGAGGUGAUUCGAUCUAUUUCGAAAAGGGGAUGGGAUGGACUCAAAACCGACAGCGCCGGAGUUUCUUCUUCUUCUACUUCCUCCGCGCAAACCUUAUUCGUCCCGCCUUCGAGGACGGAGUCGCCCGUUAACGACGCACCACCCGAGAUCACCGGCGGAUCAGCCGUCAUACUAAAGCCCAAUUCACCCAUCAUCAUCCCGACAAGCGACGUCAAGAUCGGCGCUCGGCGCAGCAGCAAGGGCCCUACCUCCAUGGGCCCAACAUUCGUCACCUCCGUAGCGCACGUCUGGUUCAACGCCUUCUUCGAAGGCAACGGGCCCGAACGGGACGGCAAGCCCGAAGCCAGCGGCGUCUUCGAGAUCUGCUGGGACGAGAUGGAUGGGCUGAAGGGGCUGAUCAAGACGCCGAGGUCGUUUGAUAAGAUCGCCGUUGUGUGGAAGGCCGUGGGCGUUGAGGAGGAAGUGAGGUUGCCGGAGGUUGUGGAGGACGUGCAAGAGGUGCGGCCUGCUGAUUGGAAAGGGGAAGAGGAUGUUUAUCAGGAGAAGAUUGGGGGUGAGGUGGAUGGGAAGAUUGAUGCUGAGGUUGAGGCGGGGGAGAGGGCAGCGGUGAAGUGUAGUGGUCCCGAAGGAGAGGAGAUUGGUGACGAGAUAGGGCGAGGGGAUGAAGUGGCCUCCCAAGAGCCGACGAAGAACUUGAAGCCUACUCUAUUAUGA